UCGUAAUUGGGCCGAUGCGGCAGCGCAGGUGGAAGGAUUUUGUACACUUUCUUGUACAUGUUGUAUGUAUCGAUAUUUCUUCAUUAAACAGCCGGGGAUUGUCGUUACAAGAAGGCAACAUCCAACCCAAGUGGUGUACUGCGAAUAUCAACCUUUGCACACUCAACAGUAUUAAACUGGAGUACAAGAAAGGUCAGAGGUCAUGGACAAGUGCGUCCACAUCAAGAAACUACAAGUGACGCACAAUCACUCCGUGUUCAACCCACAGAAAUGGUUGUGCAAGGUGUGUGGUACUACAGAGAGUGUUUGGGCUUGCUUGAGCUGCACCAAUGUAGCUUGUGGUCGCUACAAUGAAGAACAUGCUGUUAAACAUUUCCAGGAAUCUAAACAUCCACUCGCCAUAGAGGUCAACGACAGAUAUGUGUUUUGUUAUGAAUGUGAUGACUACAUUCUGAAUGACAACGCCCCUGGCGAUCUGAAACUACUGCGGACAACCUUGGAUGCAAUCACUAAACAAACGCUGUAUGAGAGUCAGACGAGGAGUGGCCGUCGGCUCUUGAGGGCGCUCUCCGUUGACACUGGAGAACAGAUCAAACACAGACGACAAGAGAGCCUGACCUGGGAGGAUAAAGGUCACACUGCCCUCGUCCAUCGACGCCUUGUCCUCCUUAGUUACGUCUUCCUGCCGUGGAAACAUCUCGUCCAUGGCAAUAAGGUCACAGGAAAAAAACCAAAACCCAAACCUCAGAAACGGACUCUGACCACCAAGACUGCCAAAGACACACCCAGGGAUCUGAAGGAGGCGGAGUCAAGCCUAAAGAGGAGGAGGCUGGAUGACCUGAGGUCACAGGAGGUCAAGAGGAAAUGGACAGCAUUGACCCCUGGCGUGACCGGCCUGCGUAACCUAGGCAACACAUGUUACAUGAAUUCCAUUCUUCAAGUAUUAGGGCAUUUGCAGCAGUUCAGGGAAUGCUUUUUGCACUUGGAACUUAACCUUCGACCUCAAUUAAACUUGAGCCAAUCAGUGGGGACUAGGAGGCAGAUGGAGUACAUGAGACAGACUACCAUGGAAUGCUUUGAGGAAGUGCAAAAACCAAAGGGAGGCAUGAAGUCCAAAGGUCGUAUCCUCCGUCAGCCUGGAACCUCUGCAGGGGGUCUCAGUGGGGGUUCAGAUGAAGCUGUCGACCCAUCCAAGUACAAGGACCCUAGAACAGUCAGGAAUAAUUUUCCUCUAUGCCAUGAGCUACAUGUCCUGUACCGUGUCAUGUGGUCAGGGAAGUGGGCCAUUGUGUCUCCUCACGCUAUCCUGAGCAGUGUCUGGAGACUCAUCCCAUCAUUCAGAGGCUACUCGCAACAGGAUGCGCAAGAGUUCUUAUGUGAGUUCCUCGACAAGAUCCACAAUGAGCUUCAGUAUGUGUCCUCAGCACCUUCCAUACAGAUGGCCAGUGGGACGUCCAUUCCAACAAAGGACAUCAUUGGACAAAGCUUUGAAGGAGGUUUAGUUAGCCAAGUUACCUGCCUACAGUGCUUGAACAAAUCCAACACGUUUGAGCCGCUCGGAGACUUGUCAUUAGAGUUCCCUGAAAGAUAUCAGUUCAGUGAGUGGCGAACCAGUUUAUCGGAAGCCAGCUGCCAUCUGACUGAAAUGCUGGCCAAGUUUACAGAGCGGGAACACCUUGGGAAGGUGUAUGCCUGCGAGCGUUGCAACAGUCGACGGCGCAAUGCGUCCUGCAAGCCAGAGAUACGUACAGAGGCUACAAAGAGACUACUGCUAACCAAACUGCCACUGGUACUCCGUCUUCACCUCAAAAGAUUCAGAUGGUGUGGUCGGAACCAUCGAGAGAAAAUCAACGUCCAUGUGAACUUUGAAGAGGAACUGAACAUGCGUCCAUACUGCUACGUAGGCAAAGAGGACGAAAGCAGGCUGACCAAUGAAGACUUCAUCUAUGACCUGUCAACGGUCGUCAUACAUCACGGAAGGGGGUUCGGAUCGGGCCACUACACAGCCUACUGCUGGAACAAGGUUGGAGGUUUUUGGGUUCACUGCAACGACGCCCGUUUGGAACUGUGCUCCAUUGAGGAUGUUACACUCUGCCAGGCAUACAUCUUGUUCUACACCAAGAGAACGUCUACGGUAGCCCAUGUAGGCCAGCCAAGAGACUCAAUUAAAGAAGAUGAAGUAGACGGGCCCUCAAGGACAGUUAGAAAGAGACGUUUUACAUUAUGAGAGAUGACAAGAGGAGACAGGGUUCUAGACGGAUUCUUUAUUUGCUACAGAUAGUAAAAUGUGAAACCAUGUUUAAUAUAGUCACUGCUUAAUAUCAUAUUCUUAAAAUUAGAAAAAUAUUUACUUCAAGAAAAACAUUCUUGUCUCACAACCUAGAAAAUCUUUUAAGGGAGUGAGACGAGAAAAUAAUUCUUGCAAAAAAAGAAGAAUUAUUUUCUUAUGUUAAGAAGUGCAAGAAAAUCAUUUUAAGCAGUGUUAUAUUUCUGCCUAACAUAGCCUUCUAGAUAUUUCAAAAGAACUGUUGAGAUUUCGGGAACAAAAUGGAGAACAGAAAAUUGAGGCGAAUGGGGGGGGGGGGGGGGGGGGGGGGGGUACGGUUACAUUUCUUGCUUUGAAGGUUGAUGAGCGCAGCUAUUGUUACCAGCACUGCAACCAGCCUAGGUAGGCUGGUCCUGAUUAGUCAGGUAGACUAGUCCAACUAUCGUCAAAUGCUGCAUUUCCUGUCAAGAAGUUGUUUCAAGAUGACCAAAAUGACCAAAAUGUAGUUUACACAUUUCAUUUUUUACAUUUCUUUCAAUGAUUGAUUCCUGGGAGAGUACCAUUUUUUAUGUUUUCAUUGAUUUUGCUGUGAUACUCUCGGUUAUUUUGUAGCUCGGUUUUGUUUUAAUGAGUUAUACCUGUAUGUUGUACAGAAUGAUUCUCAGGAAGAAAGAGUUAAUAUCACACUGUACAUUAACGUCUAUAUAAUCUGAACAUGUAUUUUUGUUAUUGUUUCAUUUUUUACUUUAAAUUUGUUGAUGGUACAAUAUUGUGCUGAACGUUUGGCUGAUAAUUAUACACUGUUGUGAUUCACAGCAUGGAAUCGAACAUUGAAAAACGUGCCAUGGCUCUAAAUUUA